AUUCCUCCACACGUCGCGGUUGGCUGAAGGCCGCUGGCUUUUUACGUUUGUGUACGUUUGGAGCGUGUGUGCGUUCGUGUGUGCCGGUGUGUGUGAAUGUGACAGAUGAUUUAAAGUAUCUCCUAGGCAAUCCACAGGUUGCUCAUGCUGCACAGGGAAUGUUUUCGCUGUCAAGAAAGAGACUGUGAUCACAGCAAAGGCAGCAGUGACAGAAUAUUUUCGGGAUCUUGGAGCAGUUGCGUAAUUGCGUCCUUUUCUGCACAAUGACACAAGUGGCCUGUCCCGCUUCAAUAAUGGACUCUGAGAUGAUGUUCCAACCUGAGUCAGAUCAGAUGUCAGCAGUUGAACCCAAGUCUCCACCUCUGGACCUGAUUGACACAGGGAAGGGGCUGAAGGUCCAGACAGCCACACCUCAUCUGGUGAGCCUGGGCAGCGGGAGGCUCAGUGUAGCAAUCACCUUGCUGCCACUAAAAGAAGGGGUGACCCGCAUAGGCCGAGAAGAUGCUCCAAUUCCCCAAGAUAUCACUAUCCAGGGUCCUGGCAUCGAGGCAGAGCACUGUGUCAUCAUUAAUGAAGGAGGGGUGGUGACCCUGGACCCCUGUGGUCACCUGUGCAGUCUGGAUGGAGUGCAGGUCACUGUGCCCACACCACUCACACAGGGUUAUUCCUUGUGUCUGGGUAAGUCCUAUUUCUUCCGGUUCAACCAUCCUGAGGAGGCAAGCAGAAUGAAGAGCAUGCUUCCACAAAAGAGCCCUGUGUCAGCUUUAGCCUACAACACAGACUACCUAAAGUUUAGCAGUGACUAUAGCCAUGCGGUGGUGGGCGGCAGCAGCAGUUCUAGGGGCAUGCGAUCUGCCUCCGAGCUCCAGGACUUGAUGGACACCCUGCAGCGCAAGAAGAUUGCCCUGGAGAACAGCCUGAGAGCCAACGGGAAUGCAAACCCCUCCUACUUCAGCGUGACACAGUCUCCUCCCACCACACCUAUCACAAGUCCUGCUACAUCCUCAUCAGCCUAUCAGGACCAGGCAAGACGUUUCUAUGGCUCAGAUCGUGCGCCAUUGUCUUUGAAAUCUGGACGACGAUCCGACCCUUCUUCUUCAGUCAGUCGCAACAAAGACAAGUUCGGCAUUGGCGAUAGCCGGCGGCUACAAAACCUGGGCUCAACUUCUUUACUGUCCACAUGGAAUGGCGGAGGCUCCUCCGUUUCUGUUGAUGGUAGCAAUAGCUUACUCCUCUCUCUUCCUCCUCCCUCAUCCUCAUCUCGCACUCCAUCAACAGGAGGUGCAGCCAGCAUGCCAUCAAGCCCCCGUCUCGGCCGCCGUAGCAAUGGCAACCAAGAGCCAUCGCCCAAAAAUAGAACCAGGAAAUACUCAGCAGGCUCGCUAAGUGGGAUGAUGGGAGGAGGGCACAGUCGCUCGCUGCCACGCCUCUGCCCCUCCCAAUCUCCCCAUGAAAACAACAACGGAGUCCUGACCUUGUCAACGCUAGCGCCACGGCGAUCCGAUGUUGCUGGCAGUUACAAAUUUAGCAAAGACCAUUACAACAACAGCCAGAAUGCCAGCCCUGACCUCAACUAUAACCCCAGAAACCCCCCCCCCCCCCCCCCAACCAAAAAAAAACAAACAAAAAAAAAAAAAAAAAAAAAGUGUGUCACCCCCCCCCCCCCCCCCCCCCUUCCCCUUUCCCCCCCCCCCCCCCUUCUUUCUCCCGCUGCCCCACCUGAUGUGACCAUCCCAUCCAGGACGGGGGGCUCCUCUUCUCCUCGUGUGGCCAAAAAACUCAGCCUGACCUCCACUAGCUCUGUGGGCUCCAUCAGCUCCACGAGCUCCAGCCCACCAGAGUUGCAACGGCUGGCUAGCCGUGUAGUCUCCCCAGGAGAAGGCCUGUCUUUGGGAGAGAGGGAGAGGCGAGGGGUAGCUGCUGGUGCCCUGGGACUUGGACUUGGAGAGAGGAGGUCUUCAUUUGGGAAGGCAGGGCUGGAACCUGGGAUGGGGCUGGGCGAGAGGAGGCAGUCAUUUGGAAAGGCAGGAGUGGCCCCACCUGGAGGUUUCAGGGAAAGAAGGGGGAGUAUCAGCUCACUGAGUGGGAAGGAGGAAUUGACCGACUACCACCUGCACCAAAAAGAGGAAAGACUCCGUGAGCAGGAGGUGGAGAGACUGGAGCGACAGCGGCUAGAGACCAUCUUGUCUCUGUGUUCGGAGCUGGGCCGGUCUGAGAAAGAUGGCGGUGGCACAGCUACAGGUCCCACUUCAGCUGCGGUGGAUCUCCAUAAGAUCAACCAGGAGCUUCAGAAGCUUCAACUGAACGACGACGAUGAUGACGACACACCUUCGGUCUUUUCUGACUCUUCAGCUGUUAAUGGAACGACGGGGAAUGGACACAUGCUCUCCCCUGGAUCAGAGAAUGGUUACUACGAUGAUGAUCUACAGGCACGACGGAGGCGCAGCAGCGGUCACCGAGACAACAGGGCCGAAUCACCCGCUAUCAGCCUGCGAAGCUUCGCCCCCUCGCCUUCUCCACGCACACAGAGGACCAAUGAGGCUCUAGAUGAUGCAGCCCGUCGCCGCGGACAGGAAGCGAGGCCUUCAGAGCAGGAAGUGAGGCGUGCUGAAGAGGAGAGGAUCCAGGUGCUGAACAACAUGGAGGAGCUGGAGCAAAAGAUCAAAGAGCUGGACAACCAAAUGGAGGAAUCUGCCCAAGAGGUGGAGCUAGAGCGAGCUCUGGUGGAGGCUGAGCAGGAGUCAGAAGUAGCUGCUCUCCAGCAGGAAAAAGAUGCUCUGGAAGCACUUCACAACAAGAUGGCUGACCUAGAGACCAAGUCCCAGCAGGAAAAAGAAAAGGCGUGCGAGUUGCUACAGGCAGAAAAGGGCAGAGUAGAGAGGUUGGCUCAGAUUGUGUGUGAGCAGCGCUCCCAGCUGGACAGCUGCCCUGAGGCCACCAAGGAGCCCCUGCAGGAGCAGCUGGCUAGGGACUGUGAGGUGCUCGAUGCAGAGUCAAAGCGUUUUGAGGACCUGGAGUUCCAGCAACUGGAGAGAGAGAGCAGGCAGGACGAGGAGAAGGAGACCCACAUGCAACAGCUUCUCCGGGAGAUCGCAGACUACCAGCGGAGCACUGUCACUCGCAAGGAGCGACUGUUAACUCUAAAGAAGCAGGCAGCACAGAUUACCCUGCAGGCUCAGCGAGAGAAGGAGAGCUUCUUGAAGGAGAGGAGCACCCUCGAAGCAAUGCUGCAAAGGGAGAAAGAAAACCUCACCAUGCUGGAAAGGAAAUAUGCUGACCUCACUGGUGGCCGAGAUUUCACUCUACGAGAGGGCUAUGUCACAGUCAGUGAAAUCAAUGAGCUUUACUCACAACUUGGGGGAGACCCUAAGCCCGCCCCCACUCUGGCCAAUAUCUCUCCUGAGUCCGAGGCAAACCCCUCCCGCGGCGACGACACCCCCAAACCACCGGAGGACGAGCAUUUCCGUUUGCUGGAAGAGAGGAAAAGGUCUGAGAGAGAAGGUGGCUUCCAUCUAAGUGACACAUUACCCAGGAAGAAAACCACACCCAUCAUGAUCCCCCAGUUCACGUGUGCAACACUGGGGCGCAGCUUCCCUACCAAGUCCCAUCAUCCCCUGGUACAGAGCACAAGUUGUGGCAGCAUUCUCCCAAGAAUGUUCUCCUUUUCCAACAAGGAAACUGAAUCUCGACGUCUGCAUAAAGGUCAGCCCGGCUCCCGAGCAGCUUCCCAGACCAACGUCUACCUCGAUGCCUUCGGGUACCGUGACAACCAGGCCUUUGACACAAUGAGUGUGGAUAGUACCGACUCCAUUGAAACCAGCAUCUCUGCUUGCUCACCUGAUAAUGUCUCCAGUGCCAGUACCUCAAAUAUGGCCAAGCUAGAGGAGAUGGAGCGUCUGCUGAGAGAAGCCCAGGCAGAGAAGAGCCGCCUCCUCGAACACAAGGAGCAAGAGAUGGAAGUGCGAAAUCAGGCGCUGGAUGAGGAGAGAAAAAGAAGGGAGGACCUGGAGAAAAGGCUACAGGAGGAGACGAGCAGACGCCAGAAACUCAUCGACCGGGAGGUGAAACUGCGGGAGAAACAGCGGGCACAGGUAAGGAUGAAACUCGGGACUUUCCCGGGAAACACGGGAGCAGCCACACGCGAACCGUGCUUCCACUUAUCCAUCUCUGAAAAGACCUGCCGUGGCUACUUGAUUAAAAUGGGAGGCAAAAUCAAAACCUGGAAGAAACGCUGGUUCGUCUUUGACCGCAACCGACGCACGCUCUCCUACUAUUCAGACAAGCAUGAAGCCAAGCUGAAAGGAGUCAUCUACUUCCAAGCUAUUGAAGAAGUGUAUUAUGAUCACUUAAAGAAUGCACAUAAGAGCCCAAACCCCUCGCUGACCUUCAGUGUAAAGACUCAUGACAGAGUCUACUACAUGGUUGCUCCCUCUCCUGAGGCCAUGAGGAUCUGGAUGGAUGUGAUUGUCACGGGCGCUGAGGGCUAUACGCAGUUCAUGGUGUAGUGAAGGACCGGGACACGCCAACGGGCUACUACUCUUUGUGGCUUUAAGGACUACGUUUUUAUAUUCCUUUUUUUUUUUUACUCUUGGAUUUUUACGUGUCCGGAUGGAUGUUAUUGUCAUCUAUGCUGAAAAAUGAACACCAUUUCUGUUGUGUAGAGACAGCAGCCAUGAGUUUCUCAAGGUAAUUUUGCAACGGUUUAUUCGCCUUAUUUGCAAGAUGGGGAGGGUUUACAGUCGUAUGUUGAGCAUUCAUGUGAAAUUGUAGACAUAUACCAGAUAAUAAUUUGAAAAUUGUUAGGCAAUCGGGUUCAAUCCCAGAGACGUAAUGACGUUCAGGAGAACUGAAAUGUGCUAUGGUGCACCACUGUGCCUUGGAGUGAGUUCAGGCGUACCUCAAGGUUUUGCUAAACUGUAAAGGACAUGCAUGUUAAAAAUACAGUAUAUUUGAUUUGAGCUUUUACGACCAUAGUCUGUAAAAAUAGUCUGAUUACAACCCAUUUUCUUCAGAGACGAGCAGACUGGGACUCAGCAGCUCAUUUCUAGCCAUAGGAAGCUUUUUACAAAGGAUUUUGUUUUAGAUACUAUUGGAAGAAUUGAUGUGGAGAGAACCAGUUUGAGCUCUAUACUAUGCCAUUAUCAACAUGUUAUCAUUAACACCAAGUAGGAAUACAUAACAGUAGUUGUGUUUAGAAAUGCCUAAACAAUUGUAACAUGUCAUGGAAGAACUUGUAGCCAAUUUUUGCGAUGGCUGUAUUCAUUUCUAGACCGUUUCCAAUGUGUUUUAAUCACUUUUUACAGAAUACAUUUUGGCUAGUAAAAUUAGUUGCGCAAAUGUAUUUUGAAUUUUCAACAUUUUUUCAUCUUACUUAAUGUAUCAUUACUGGGGCAUUCUGAGGUCUUAACUGUGUGAAUGGAUGUGCAUGCAUGUAUCAUGUGAUCAUGUGCUAAGAAGGGCCUGUUUUGUGUGCAUACUCUAAUGCACACCUCUAUUUCUGCAAGCUUGUAAUGUAGCUCCAUGGUGCUAUUCUUACACAUCAUGAGUCAUUUAAAAAAAAUAAUAAUAAAAAAAAAGUAUUACUGUG